AUGGAGCUGUGGACAGAAGCUAGAGCCCUAAAGCCAAGUCUAAGAGGAGAAGCUAUUAGGCCUCAAGUGAUUGUGUCUAAGGAACUAAGCCGAACUUCUUCUGCUGAAGAUUUCUCCGUUGAGUGUUUCCUCGAUUACUCAGAAGAAGUUCUUGAAGAAGAAGAAGAAGAAAUUGUCUCCGUUUGUUCUUCACAAGAAGAACAAGAACAAGAUUGUUGUAUCUUUAGUUCACAACCUUGCAUCUUUGAUCAACUUCCUUCUCUGCCGUAUGAAGAUGUGGAAGAGCUUGAAUGGGUAUCUCGUGUAGUGGAUGAUUGUUCUUCAUCAGAAGUCUCACUUCUCUUCACACAAACCCACAAAACCAAACCAAGCUUCUCAUCUUCAAUUCCGGUUAAACCAAGAACCAAACGGUCUCGGAACAGCUUAACCGGUGACCGGGUGUGGCCACUAGUUUCAACCAAUCAACAUGCAACAGGAGAGCAGUGUAAGAAGAAGAAACUAGAAACGGCGCUUGUGUUUCAAAGAAGAUGCAGCCAUUGUGGCACUAACACCACACCUCAAUGGAGAACCGGUCCGGCUGGUCCAAAAACCUUAUGUAAUGCAUGUGGAGUCCGGUUUAAGUCCGGUAGGCUCUGCCCAGAGUACAGACCGGCGGAUAGUCCGACCUUCUCAAAUGAGAUCCACUCCAAUCUUCAUAGGAAGGUUAUGGAACUGAGAAAGAGUAAAGAGUUAGGUGAAGAAAGAGGAGAAGCUACUACUAAAUCAGACCAAGUCAAAUUUGGCACCCGAGUGGUAGAGAAGACUUAG